CCACAAAACAGGAGGGGAACAGUAGUCAGUAGCGGAAAUAUUUGCAAGUUUCAACUCUUCUGUUCGAAGCUUGUUCGUUAACCUCCUUCCGGAAGUGACAAGGGGAAAUCGCUGCUUGAUUGAACGAGCUACUUCAGUGAAUUAGCCAAGGAUUCAGGAAGUUGGGAAGCAAAGGAGGGCAGGAUGGCCGAUCAAGGAUUGAACCAGAGGAUAAAAGAGGACAAUCCUCAGUUAGCAUCAGUACUGAAAGAAAUGAAAGGAGGGUUGGAUUUGGUGAGAAGUAAAGUUGAAAGCUUGACUGCUAAGGUAAAAGCUAAUAAUUAUCCUACAGCUGAUGGGAUAAGCUACCUAGAGGCUAAAAAUUUGUUGCUUCUUAACUAUUGCCAAUCGCUGGUGUACUACAUACUUCGUAAGGCAAAGGGUUUGUCAGUUGACAAUCACCCUGUUGUUCAAAAGCUUGUCGAGACGAGGUUGUUUUUGGAGAAGAUACGACCAAUUGACAAAAAACUUGAAUAUCAAAUUCAAAAGCUCACAAAGGGUGCUUCACAGCCUGUGGAUCAAGUAAAUGUCAAUAGCAAUACAGAGGCUCCUAGGAAUUCUGAGGAUCUUUUGAAGUAUCGUCCCAACCCAGAUAUGCUUAAUAACAAAUCUGUGGUCGCCUCUGGGGAUGCUGUGGGUGUAUAUCGGCCACCAAAAUUGGUCCCAGUAGAAAUGGAAGGUGGCAGAAUAUCGAGGGAAAAAAGGAAUGAAGUGAGAAAAGAGAAAGAGAUGGUUAGACGAUCAAGACUGGGCUUCCAAAAAGAUUUGUUUGAUGACUUGCAGGGGAAGCCUGAAGAGGUUAAAGAAUCCUUUGGAAACGAGAGUAGGGAGUUUGAAAAAUAUCAGAGAAACUGGGAAGCACGUGAGAAAGAGGAAGAAGACCAAUUCAUCCGUGCGCCUAUCACAAAGAAGGAGAAGAAAGAGUUGAGGAAUUUAAAGAGGUCAAGAGGCGGGUUGGAUGGUUUGACUGAUGGUUUCGAUAUCAAAUUCUUACCAUUGGAUGAUGGUGCUGGUGAACAACAGAAAGCUAGAAAUGGCAGUGUUGGAAUGAGGAAGCACAAGAAACACAAGGUAUGCUCAGAAAUGUUGAUGAUAGCUUUUCCUUGUUUGUGUAAUUCCCAAGUUUGACUUCCUACGUUUUGUACUCUGUAUGGAUGUUCAUAGAACUAAGAGUUGAAAAACAAAUUGCGCAUGCGUGCUGCGAGGCUGAGAUCAUUUAGAGGAUAGCUUAAGCAACAAACUAUAAUAUAUUGUUUAUGGGUAGUAUGGAUGCUGUUGUAACGAUCCUUGCCAUGGGGAGUUCUUUUUUUUCUGUUUUUUUGGCGUGAUGAAUGUUGCUGCUGUAGUAUCUUUUGGGUAUAUCUCUAGCUGAUUUAUGUCAUCGCUUUAUCAUAUGCAGAGGAGGCAUUGAGCACAAGAAAAGCUGAGAUCCC